UGGCCGUAAAUAUAAACAGUAUAGUUUAGAACAGUUGUACAUUAAUGAUAAUAUUAUUAAUAAAGUUAUAUCCAAAUUACCAAAACUAUUGUCAAUUGAUUUAGAAGGUCAUCUAGAAUUUUCUGACACAUGUUUAGAAAUGUUGAACAAUAAUAAAAAUCUAAAAAAUAUUAUAUUAAAACAUGAUGGUAUCGCUGGACAUAAAAUAAAUGAUGAAUCAUAUACACAACCAAUAAUUCAUUUUAGUGAAAAUGCUUUGAUAGAAUUUGCUAAAAGUCAUCCAUUAUUAGAACAAUUAGAAAUAAAUAUUGGUCAGUCAAUGGUACCCAUAACAGAGUUUCUCACUAAAUUUAUUCAACAUUGUCCAAAAUUAAAAAUUUUAAAACUAUAUGUCGUUGAAAAAGAUGUAUCAUUAUUAGUAGAUGAUAAAUUCAAAACCAGUUGUCCGCAAUUAGAAACUUUUUAUGUUGAAAAAUCAAAAGAGUAA